GCGGGCGCGCAGCCAAUGGGGGCCGCGCGGCGCGUGACAGGUGCCCAAUGGGCGGGCGCGCGGCCCCCCCGCGGGCGGGGCGUGGGGCUCUCCCCGCCGCCGCCUGAGGAAUGUCAACUAUUCAACAUGGAGACGGCGGUUACCAAGCUGGAGACCAUGUUCCAGAAGGCAGAAUCUGAUCUGGAUUAUAUUCGACACAGACUGGAGUUUGAAAUAAUGAAAAAUCUUCCUGAUAAUCCCUCAGCAGAGGAAAAUCCACUUGCUCUCUUGGAAUCAAUCUCAGAGGUGAAAUCUCGUUAUAAAACGUUAUGUAUGCAGCUGGAAAAAAUUUCCAUAGAGCAGAGAGAAUCCAUGAAGAGCAUCCGUGCUGCGCUAGAGAACACGAUGAAGACGGUUCAGGCAUUACAGCAGCAAACUGAUCUUGAGUGCUCACCUCUGUCAGAAGAAGAACAGGCUGCGGCACGGCAGCUAACCUGCGAAACUGCUCAGAUGGAGUCGCUAGUGGAAGAGCCAUUUUAUUCAGGAUCCACAGUCUCUUACUCAACUGAAGAAUUGCGAUUCAAACCACUGACUGAGGAAAUGCUUAUGAGCGUCCCAAGGAGUAUCAGAAGUACUGUUAAACUAGCAGACUUGAACAAUUUCUAUAGGGAGUUGUUUGACCACUUCAUUGUAAAUAAGAACAGUGCAGCACUGAGUAUUUCAGAGAUGAACAAGAGGAGUAUGAAAGCCACAGACUCAAGAAUAGGAAUCUUGAAAGAACUUGGUGUUGUGGAGCUUGACAAACAAGGAAAUGUUAAAUUAGUUGUGUAAAUGGAAGCUCAGUCCAUCCUCAAUAGACACACGAGCACCUCAGUCGUAGCUCCUGGUUAUUAAGGCAUUCCUCUGGCAUCUGGGUGUUCCAAGCCCACUGCUGGAAAGCUGUUAAUGUUUCUGUACACAAAUUCCAUUGGGGAGUUAAAAAACAUUGAGGUUGGUAUUUUGUUCUGGAUAUUUAUAGGCCUAUAGUCAAUGCAUUUCUGAAGAGUAUUGUUAGCCAUGUCGCACUUCCAUAUUCUUACUUACAUUCCUGAGUGGGUUUUUAGGACAAAUAACCCAAACCACUUAAUUGUGUUUACGUUCUUGAAUAAAUGAUGAAAGCUAAGAA